AUGGCAUGCGUCACCAGCAUAGCUGACUACGGUUCAAUUUUAUGGUGGAAAGGGCAAAACCAAUUCAAGAAAAUCCUUCAAUCCUUGCAAAACCUCGCCCUUCGAAAAAUCCUAGGAGUAUUCAAAACCUCACCAAUAAAACCAAUGGAAAUAGAAGCCGCAUUGUGCCCUCCAGAAGUACGGCUAAAUGCUGGAAUCAAACAAUACGCAUUUAGAUUAUUGAAAAUCUCGCCUUCUCAUCCUGUCAAUUUAGUAGCUACAAAGCUGGCUACAGAAAAGGAGAAUCAAGAUGUAGUUGCAACCCCUCAAAGAAAGCAAUUAAAACCUACUCAACUCGAAAAGAUCAAAAAUUCAAUUCAGAAAGACUUCGAUCCUCUCACUUUAGAAGGAAUUCAUCACUUCUACUUUCCUCCUUGGAAGAAAGAAGUUCCAUAUAAAGUCAAUAUCAGCAAAUUAGGAAAAGAAGAAGCUGCGAUGAUUCACAAUCUGGCUUUCAAAUAUAGGUGCAAAAAUACUAUUACAAUAUACACCGAUGCCUCAUCCACUUUAGAGGGAAUAGGGAUUGGAAUCGGGAUAGCGGUUAUCUUACCAAAUGGCCGAAUUUCUCAUCAAGAGACUAUCAAUAUAGGUGUGAAUCAGCUUGUCUAUAAUGGGGAGCUUCUAGGAGUUGCUAAAGCGAUCGAAUACGCAAAUUCAAUAGCCCAACCAGGAAACAAGUUCAAGAUAUACUGUUGA